AGGACUUGGUCCGCCUGACCGGAGGGACCCCGGCGGUCGAGCCCUCCCGGGCGGAGUCCGCGGGCCGCCGCCCGGCCGCUGUGCCCGCCUUUGCCCCGCGCCCGAAGGAGGGGCUGCCAGCAGCGCGCAUCCUGGCCGCGACCGCCCAACCCGGGAGCGGAGGGGCGGUGGCGGAGCCCGGCUCGCGGGGGGCCCGAGGCUAGCACCCCUGAAGGCAGCGGCGAGGCGACACUGCCAAGAUGUGACAGUAAAGACAAGACUUAUCAAAUAACAAAGAUGCUUUUGAGCCAGAAUGCCUUGGCGAUUCGACCACUAAAUUUGUAUCCUGUAGUGUUCAUCAGCCUCACGUUUGGUAUUUUACAUGCUUUGUCUGAUUCUCCAGAUGAAUCUUGCAUUUCUUUUAAUAUGACAUUACGAAAUUUCCAGUCAAUUUUAUCAUGGGAAUUAAAGAACCGUUCAAUUGUACCAACUCACUAUACAUUAUCCUACACAGUCAUGAGUAAACCAGCAGGUGAGACGGUUGUUGAGGACUGUAUAAAUAUCACAAGAUCAUUUUGUGACCUAACAGAUGUGUGGGAAAGCAUGUCUGAGACAUACCUCCUCACGGUAGUCGGAUUCAGAGGGAACACAGUGCUGGUCAGUUGUUGGGACAAGGUCUUCGUGGCAUUGGACAUGUCUUUGGAACCACCAGAAUUUGAGAUUGUUGGUUUUAUCAGCCACAUUGAUGUGAUAGUGAAAUUUCCACCUGUCAUUCCCAAGAUGCUAGUUGGGAAAAACUUACAGACUUAUUUAUCACUUGUCAUCGAAGAAAAGUCAGGGAGCAUUGUUAACCUGCAUAGACCCAAAAUAGAUGGAAACACUACUGGAAAUUUCACUUAUGUCAUCGACAAGUUAAUUCCAAACACAAACUACUGUGUAUCUGUUUAUUUUGAGCCUAAAAAUCUGGGGAAAAUACAUAGAUCUCCCUUAAAAUGUACCCGCCUUCAACCUGGACAAGAAUCAGAGUCGUCAGAAUCUGUCAAAAUAGGAGGAAUAAUUACUCUGUUUUUAAUAGCAGCUGUCUUCAUAAGCACCAUAAUAACACUGAAACGGAUUGGUUAUAUAUGCUUAAGACAUGAUUACCCCAAAGUUCUGAAUUUUUAUAACCUGUCAGCCUGGGUAUUUCCUGAGCUACCGCCAUUGGAAGCCGUGGCUAUAGUGGAGGUCAUUCACAUCAACAGAAAGAAGAAAGUGUGGGAUUAUGAAUACGGUGAUGAAAGUGACAGCGAUAAUGAAGCCGUCCCCCGGGCAAGCGCAGGUGGUUACACUAUGCAUGGACUAACAGGCCUGUGUCCACUGGCCUCCACCUCCUCCGCCUCCUUGGAGAACUGCGGCAACCCAGACGCUGAGGAGCCUGACCUGCCUGAGCCUGGGGUUGAGUCUGAGCCCCUGAUGACACCAGGGCCUGGCCCCUGCCAGUCGGAAUGCACAGAUGGGGACUAUGAGAGGAGAGGGAACCGGCUGCAGGACCGCUUUUCCGAGGAGGACAACAGCUCCACUGAGGGGUCCGAGGACAGAAUUGUCUUCAAUGUGGAUUUAAACUCUGUGUUCGUGAGGGUCCAAGAUGACGACGAUGCAGAAGUCCCUCCAAUGUUAUCAUGUCUUCCAGAAGAGGCAGUGGACCUAGAGGAUCCCAACGAAAUGGAAACAAGCCUUCUGGUGGCCAGCGGAGAAGGCACACAGCCGCCCUUCCCCAACCCCUCUGUGGAGUGCCUGUGGCCUGAAGAUGCUCCUUCUGAUGAAAGUGACACUUCUGAGUCAGAUGUUGACAUUGGGGAUGGUUAUAUAACGAGAUGAAUCCAAAAAUAUUUAACUUGGACUGACAAAUACCUCCAGGGUGCUCUCUCCUUGCACCCCCACUUGCUCCUUUGUGGUCUGCAAGUGUUCUCUGAGGGAAGGGGUGGGAGACUGCAGAGUGG